AUGGGAAAGGAAGCCAUGCCUGGUUUUGUGCUACUGUUCUUGUUGUUGUUGUUAAGAGUAUUGAUACACUCAGACGCUGACGAAGAAGGAUUCGACGUUCGCCAACAUCUCUCAACUGUCUCUAGAUAUGAUGUUGUGAAAGACAUUUCUGACAAUUCUUUUGUUCCUUCCAAGAUUCCAGAUCAAUGUACUCCUAUCCAUUUAAAUCUUGUGGCAAGGCAUGGAACUCGUGCCCCUACAAAGAAAAGGAUGCGGGAAUUAGAAUCUUUAGAGGCCCACUUGGAGGUCCUUCUACAAGAUGCAAAAGAACUGAAAUUGCCUUUGCAGAAAGUUCCUGCCUGGUUAUGGAAAUGGGAAUCUCCUUGGAGAGGUAAGCAUAAAGGUGGAGAAAUUACUAGUGAAGGAGAAGCUGAACUUUUUAAUCUUGGGAUCAGAAGCAGAGAAAGAUUUCCUGAACUGUUUAAUGAGGAUUACCACCCAGAUGUAUAUCUCAUAAAAACCACCCAGGUCCCUCGGGCAUCAGCUAGUGCCGUGGCAUUUGGCAUGGGGCUUUUUAGUGGGAAAGGAAAUCUUGGACCACAACAUCAUCGAGCUUUUGCAGUUACAAGUGAAAGUCGUGCAAGUGAUAUAAUGCUGAGAUUUCAUGAUUGUUGCCAAAAUUACAAGGCUUUUAGGAAAAGUCAGGAGCCUACUGUUCAUAAACUUAAGGAACCCAUCUUAGAUGAGAUUAUGCGUGCAUUAGUAAGGCGAUAUGAGCUAAAUUUUACAAGGCAGGAUACCUCUUCCCUCUGGUUUUUAUGCAAACAGGAAGCAUCCUUAUUGAACAUAACUGGUCAAGCUUGUGCUUUGUUUAGCCCUUCUGAGGUAGCAUUGUUGGAGUGGACAGAUGAUUUGGAGUUGUUCAUAUUGAAAGGUUAUGGUAAUUCAUUAAACUACCGAAUGGGGGUGCCACUGCUCGAAGAUGUUGUUCAGUCCAUGGAGCAAGCUAUUAAGUCUAAGGAAGGUAAAUCUCUUGAACAUGGUAUAUCCUAUGUCCUCUCAUGUUUUGUUCUUUUCUUGAAACAAACAUGGGCAGCAAUUUUCUUCAGGUUUGAAAUUCUGAUGGGAAGUCAUGAAUGAAGGAGCUUAAUUGAUUGAUUGUGAUCUCUUAACCCUGAGGGAGUGUGGUUCCAAAAGGGUUGGCAUGGACCACAAAUGAUAACUAGCAGGCUAAGCAUAAACUGGGUUCUAAUAAUAUUAUAACUAGGGAUAACCUGUGCAUGAAGGCACGGUACAACGUAAACCAACCAGUUAAUUCUCCAAAAAAAUUAAUUUAAUUUCCUUUAAUUUAAGCAAUUGAAAUUAAUAUAGUCCCCAAAUAUUAUUUGGAGACUAUUUCGGCAAAGUUUACUUUAAAAAUAAGAACCUAGAAAAAUCUCAACCUAUCUACAAAAAUCAAAAUUUCUUGAAUGCACAAUACAAUCAAAUCAAAGCUACAAAUUCAACU